AUGGCUUCCGGUCAAUCAAUAUCACUUCCGUCAUCUGUGGAGAAUAGUAAUCGGUCACAGAUACGAAGAAAGCGGAGUCGAAACAAGGAGAGGGUCAAGGUCACAAGGGCAUGCGAUAGGUGCAAAAGGGCCAAGGCGAAUUGCACAUUUACUUCGGCCUAUUCAAGAGGAAGGGUUCCUUCUGUUCUUUCAGUUUCAGUUCCUGGUGAUGAUAAUGGAAGCAAUCUAGCACUAGUUGAGGAUGCAACUAGAAAUAGCUUGGUAUCAGAACAGCAGCUGCUCUCCAGGACCGAACGAAAUAAUACCACCGAUUUGCAAAACCAACAUGAUUCAUUGCCUGACGUGGUGGCGCCUUCUGCCGCCAUAUAUGCAGAGGCAUCGUCGCACAACUCACCAGAACCUUCUCAGACUGACUUGCAGGGACACUAUAUUGGACCUGCAUCCGGAGUGUCCUUUCUUCACCGCAUCCAAAAACGCCUGCACCAAGCCAUAUCAUUCUCCCCAGCUAGCAGCAUCUUUACAUUUGGUGACGCGCCUCUACAGCUUGCCGAAUUUGACCCGUCGUUCUGUAUGAUGCUUCCCAGGCCGGAUGCCCAGCGUCUGAUAGAUCGGUACUUUGAUUUUGCGAUGCCUACAUACCGCUUCCUGCACCGUCCUACUAUACAGGAAUGGUUCAAUGAGUUUUAUGACACUCUUGGCACAAUGCGUGACGUGCAAAAGGCUCCAGCCAAGGUUGCUUUGCUCUUCAUGGUCUUUGCCCACGCGAGGGUUUAUAUGCCGGAGGAUGACAGGCCGGGGCCACCGGACUUAAGCACACGAUACUUCCUGGCAGCAGACCAUCAGCUCACAAAGGAAAAGGGCUCAAUACGCUUAACCAGUGUUCAAGCACGAUUGACGCAGUGCUAUUACCUGCUCACCCAAUCCCGGAUCAACCAUUGCUGGAGCCUGUUUGGAACAGUCUCACAUCUGGCACUCGCUAUCGGCCUUAAUAGAAACAUAUCCCCUAAUUUAACGAACAAGUUAAAUGUUGUUGAGGCCGAGUGCCGCCGUCGAACCUUUUGGUGCGCCUACACGCUCGACGCAUACCUCAGCGCUGCUUUGGGUAGGCCGCGGACUUUUCAUGACGACGAUAUUGACACGGAGCUUCCGGCUUGUAUCGAGGAUGAGGAUUUAAUGACCAAUGAUAUGAACCUGCCAGUGGUUUCAAGCAGGGGCCCGUCAACCAUGCUUGCUGCACUUUCACAUAUGAAACUCGCACAAGUGAUUGGUAAAAUUCUAACCAAUCUCUACUCCAUCAAGCCAAUAUCUGCCACCCGUCGGAAAGCUGCUGUGGAGGAGAUCUUACAAGACCUGAGAAACUGGCGCGCAGAGUUGACUCGGUUCUUGGAUGUCGACAAAUUCAGCACAUCCUUUCUGAUUCCACUCUUUCAGCGACAACGAAAUGUGCUCAAUCUGACCUACUGGCAUGCCGUUAUUCUCUCCCAUCGGCCCUUUGUAUUGGGCAGUCUCGCACGCCUUUCACAACGGAAUAAGGGGGACGUCCGGUAUGAAGACGACGCCCGGACCGAGGACACGCUGAAAGAGUGUCUAGAUGCCGCGAUGAAUACGGUGAAUACAAUCAACGAAAUCACUGAAAGCCGUCAAUUUUUCCGCGCGUUCUGGAUCACCACGUACUUUGGUUUCAACGCUACCAUCAUGCUGUACAUCUACGUAAUACAGGAGUGUGCUUCUCCAUCAGAAGUUUAUAGUAGUUAUCUCUCUGCCGCCACUCGAUGCCAGUCCCAUAUCUCUGCAAUUGCUGAAAAGGGGUCGCUCUCGGAACGGUAUUGCCUCGUCCUGGAGGAGCUACGAGUCGAAGCUCUUCGCCAAACAAAACCAACGAACCUGGGAGAAAUGGUGAAUACUCAGUCACAAGAUACUAGUACGACUAAUGGUAACUGGCUCCACCCCACGGCUAGUAGUAGUGGAAUUCCAAUGGGCGAACCCCGAGAAAACCCUACUGAUUAUACUACUGACCUAAGAGGAGAACCGGAUAUUGUUGACUUCAAUGGCAAUAAUACUAUUCCGGGCUUUUCGUUUUCUGAUUAUUCGGACUGGGAUCAGUUCACAUCUAUGUGCUAUACGUAUGUAAUCAUGGCAUACCUCAAUUUGAAAGGCAAUGGCCUUUUAACUGGUGUAACCAUCACUGCCGGGAUGGGAUUUAUCGUAUUUGGUAUUAUUCACGCUACGAUGAUGGUGACGGCGCCAACUUUUGAGUCUCAGUUUCAUCUGAACUCUGCAAUGGAAGGAACUGUUACAUCACUAUUCGUGGUUGGGGCUUUUUUAGGAUGUCUCAUCUCAGCAUUAAUUAAUGGGAGACUCGGUCGAAAAACUAUUGCGCAUUUUGGCUCAUUCGGUGUGACUAUCGGCGCUGUCUUACAGGCUGCAAGCUAUGGGAUUCCUCAGCUGCUUGUUGGACGCAUAGUCGCAGGCAUUGGCUUGGGGCUCGUAGUGUCCAAUAUCAUCAUGUGGCAAACAGAGAUAAGCCCAAGUCAUAUGAGAGGUCGCUUGGUGGCUUCUGCCCUGACGUUUCUUAUUCUUGGAGAUUUGAUAGCAUUAUGGUUGGAGUACGGAAUUGCUGAUCGCGCGAGCAGCUAUGCCUGGCGUCUUCCGCUGGCAUUGCAAGCUGCAUUGGCCCUCUUACUGAGCGCGCUUCUGUUCGUGAUGCCUGAAUCUCCACGAUGGCUGCUUCAAAACGAAUAUAGAGAGGAAGCGAUCGAUGUCCUAACUCGCUUGCAUACUCACCACGGCCAGCUUGAUGAAGAUGCCAUGAACAAGACCGUCACUGAUAUUACGGACGCAAUAGCCAUCGAACACAAUCAAGCGGGCUGGACAGAUCUUUUCAAGGGCGACAACGUAGGAUCACGACGAAGAGUGGUAGUUUCUUGCAUUCUAAAUGCUUGUCAAGCAUGGAGUGGCAGUACGCCAGUCAGCUACUAUACGACAUUCAUUUUUAAAAACUCAAUCGGGCUUUCAUACAAAAAGGCUCUUCUACUUGCGGGUGUCUUACAAGUCUUUCGCAUGUGUGCUAGUGUAGGGACCUGGUAUUCGAUCGAGAAAUGGGGCCGCCGGUUGUCAUUUAUGGUCACAGCGCUCGGCAUGACGAUUGUGAUGGCUGUAAUGGCAGCAAUGAUUGCAGUCAACACCCAGACUGCUGGAAUAGUUGCAGCCAUUAUGCUUUUUCUUUACGAAGCAUUCUAUGCCUGGGGAUUUAUGGGUCCAAUAUGGGUCUAUGCUCCGGAGAUCUUACCUCUCGCCCAUAGAGCCAAAGGUGAAGGUCUUGCGACGGCCUGUUUAUGGCUUUCUACUUUCGUUGUUGUGGAGAUUGUCCCCGUCGCAAUUGAUAACAUUGGAUGGCGAGUGUAUCUUAUAUUCGCUUGUUUUAAUCUCGCUUUCAUUCCGUUUAUAUACUUUUUUGUCCCAGAGACUGCUGGGCUCAGCCUCGAGUCAAUUGAUCUUUGUUUCAUGGACCAAGCGCAAAACCCCGUGAAGAAAGCUAACGAGAUGCGACGUGGAAUCAAAGAAGGUCGAGAUGUGACAUUGAACCAUGUCCUAGAGAAAGGGAAAAAUGUUGGUUCUCAACAUUUGGAAUACAAGUCGAGGACAGGUAGCAAUGAUACCGAAGGCAAUUCUCUUGCAAAUACAAACACUAUUAUGGAGAAAACUGCAGCAAAACACGAAGAGUUCGUGCAUCUGGGUCAGUUGACUGCCGGGGAAAAGGUGCUCGAGAAAAAACUGACGCGGCGCAUCGAUGCUCUCAUCAUGCCAUUGAUCAUUCUGGUCUACCUAAUGAACUAUAUUGAUCGAAACAACUAUGCCGCUGCAAAACUCCAGGGCCUUAUUCAGGAGCUUUCCCUCACUAAUCAGCAAUAUCAGACUGGGCUUUCUAUUCUAUUCAUCGCCUACAUUCUUAUGCAAGUCCCGUCCAAUCUCCUGCUCAAUUAUAUGGGUCGGCCAUCGCUCUAUAUAAGCUUUUUUGUCUGUGCGUGGGGACUUGUGUCUGCAUGCACCAGCCAGGUCCAAAGCUAUGGAGGCAUGGUUGCGUGUCGAUUCCUGUUGGGGCUCGUCGAGGCUCCAUUCUUCGCCGGCGUCUUGUUCUAUCUAUCCAAGUGGUACACCAAAAAAGAACUAGCUUUUCGUAUGAGUGUUUUCUACUCAGGUUCGCUGCUCAGUGGUGCCUUUGGAAACUUGAUUGCUGCCGGAAUUCUGAGCGGACUCGAUGGCAAACGUGGAAUGUCUGCAUGGCGAUGGCUCUAUGUUAUCGAGGGGUCUAUCACCUGUGUGAUCGGCAUUGCUAUUGCCAUUCUUCUGCCCGAUUUUCCUGAAACAUGGCGAGUUCUUUCGCUAGAGAUGAAGGAGGUCGCAAUACGACGACUUGCAAUCGAUGCGGCCGAGACCGAUGUCGAUGAAGAGGGCAGUGCAAGCCAACUCAAGGGUCUCAAGAUGGCCGUGACCGAUGUCAAGACAUACGCCCUGGCUCUCGCAUACUUUUGCAUCGCUGCUGGCGGAAGCUUUCAGUAUUUCUUCCCUACUCUGACCAGCACCUUAGGUUACAGUAACACAAUCUCGCUGUUGUUGGUAGCACCACCAUAUGUCUUUAUGGUCUUUUACAGUCUUGCACACAGCUGGAUUUCAGAUAGACUCGGUAUGCGGUUCUGGUUCUUUUUCUACCCGAUUCCGAUCACCAUUAUCGGAUUUAUCAUUUUCAUGACGACCGACUCGUUUGGGCCACGGUAUCUUUCCUUGUUUCUGAUGAAUUUUACAUUUGCUCAAAACGGCACGCUGUAUUCCUGGAUCGCCAGCUCUUUGCCACGACCUCCAGCCAAGCGUGCUGCCGCCUACGCCUUUAUUAACUCUCUUGGUAAUUCGGCCAGCAUUUGGACUCCUUAUACUUACUACGACUCUGAGAAACCUUAUUACCGUGUUGCGCUUGGGAUCUGUAUUGCUGUCCAAGCGCUGGGGGGUCUCUCGGCUGUUUUUAUGUAUUUCACAUUAAACAAGCUCAACAAACGCCAGGAGCGAUUGGAGAAUGAGGAUGUGCAGUUGACCGAAAAGGAGCUGCGCAGGUUGCAGAAGACUGCUGAUGCAGAGGGCGUUGAUAUUGCUGCGGCUCGUCAGUUGCAUAGGGGAUUCCGGUACAUGCUAUAA